AUGCCCAUCACAGCAGACGACAAGCUCCUCAUGCACUACCCCUUGCCCCUCCCCGACGGCUUCCUCGACACCAUCAAAAGCCGCUACCCCCAGCUCAAAGUCCACGUCGAAAUCGCCCCCGUCAAAAACAACCGCAUGCCAAACGCAGACGAGCUGCCAGACGAGGUCUGGGACGGCGUCACGAUGCUCUCCGUCCUCCCGCCGCCCAGCGCCGCCAGGAUGAAGGACGUCAAGUUCGUCCAGUUGGGAUCCGCGGGCUGGGAUCUUUGGCUCGAGCAUGAGGCGUUUCUGAACAAGGACGUGGCGUUUUGCUGUACGAGCGGCGUUCAUCCACCUCAGAUUGCCGAAUGGGCCAUUGGCGCCUGGUUAGCCCACUCACAUCACUUCAAGAGCUACAUGGAACAAGCAGACAAGGGAGUCUGGGAAAUGGGUCUCACCAAAAACCCCGUCACCGACUCCGUUGGCCUCCGCAUGGGCAUCAUGGGCUACGGCGCAAUUGGUCGACAAGUCGCCCGCCUAGCCCACGCGCUCGGCAUGGAGAUAUACGUCCAAACCCUGAGCCCGCGGCCAACCCCGGAGUCCAAGAAGCUCCGAGAAUACAUCGUGCCGGGCACCAGCGACCCGGACGGCCUCCUCCCCACAAAGUGGUUCUCCGGCUCCGGCCCCGAAGCCGUCAACCACUUUCUGAGCCAGGACCUGGAUAUUGUUCUUCUCAGUCUUCCCAUGAGCCCCCAGACCAGACACUGCAUCGGCGCAGAGCAGUUCAAGAUCCUCGGCAAGAAGAAGCCAUUCCUCAUCAACGUCGCACGAGGCCCCCUCAUCGACACGCCCGCCUUGAUCGAGGCCCUUGAAGGAGGACUGCUCCGCGGAGCCGCUCUGGAUGUCACGGAACCGGAGCCCUUGCCGGAGGGACACCCGCUGUGGAAGGCUCCAAACGUUUUCAUCACGCCACAUGUCAGUUGGCGGUCUACCAGGUUGACCGAGAGGAUAACAGAUGUAAUGCUCCAGAAUCUGGAGAGGUGGGAUAAAGGAGAGCCUCUGCUUAAUCGAAUCAAGAGAUGA